AAUCAAUUAAUAAUACCAAUUUGGCUUUUCUCUAAUUCCAUUGUUAGGGAGGACAAAGCAGCCUUUCGGAGAUCUCAAGGGGCCUUCUUCAACUUCAACCCUCGAUGUCCCCGAAGUUGUUCUUGUUGCCCCCUCUUUUCCCUUUAACACACACUAGUUAAACAUCGACUCCUCCUAACUCCAAACCCAACAAAACUCAGACAAAGAAAAGACACAGACAGAGAGAGAGAAAGAGAGAGCGAUGGCGACCCUUUAUUCAACUCAUUGCCGUUCAUAUUCGCCAUUAACACAAUCAUCAUCAUCAUCAUCUUCUUAUUCUUCGUACUGUUCUUCUUCAUCAUCGUCUUCAAAACUCGGUCAUGUAGCGGUAUCUUCUUCGGCUCCAAAGCGUUUUCUUGCAGCUAAGUUAUCUGUACUAUCCCAGAGCCAAAAUGUGGCCCGCAUGCAAGACGGUGCGGUAGCCACUGCAGUAACCCCAAUUGAAAAUGAUUACCCUUUCAAGAAAUUGAAAGGUGGGUUGUUGUCAGUUCCAUCUACGGAUGAAUGUAAAGAUGCAGUCGGAUUCGAUAUCAAUGGAAAUGAGUCUACAGUUAGUAUUACUGUGGUUGGAGCCUCAGGGGACCUUGCCAAGAAGAAGAUAUUUCCUGCACUUUUUGCACUCUAUUAUGAGGGUUGUCUCCCUAAGCACUUUACUGUGUAUGGUUAUGCUCGGAGUAAGAUGACCGAUGCUGAACUUAGAACCAUGGUCAGCCAGACCCUUACUUGCAGAAUUGAUAAGAGGGAGAACUGUGGUGAAAAGAUGGAGCAAUUUCUUGAAAGAUGUUUCUACCAUUCUGGUCAAUAUGAUUCACAGGAAAACUUUGCAGAGCUAGACAAGAAGCUGAAGGAACAUGAGGGUGGGAAGGUUUCUAAUCGCCUCUUCUAUUUGUCAGUACCUCCAAAUGUAUUCAUAGAUGCUGUAAGAUGUGCAAGCUUGUCAGCCUCAGCUGGUAAUGGCUGGACUAGGGUCAUUGUUGAGAAACCCUUUGGUCGGGAUUCAGAAUCCUCAGCUGCUUUGACAAAAGGUCUUAAACAGUAUCUAGACGAGGAUCAAAUAUUCAGGAUAGACCACUAUCUGGGAAAGGAGCUUGUAGAAAACCUAUCUGUUCUCCGGUUCUCUAACCUAAUAUUUGAGCCAUUAUGGUCAAGACAGUAUAUAAGGAAUGUACAGUUUAUAUUCUCUGAAGAUUUUGGAACUGAAGGACGUGGAGGGUACUUCGACAAUUAUGGAAUAAUAAGAGACAUUAUGCAGAACCAUCUGCUUCAGAUACUAGCCCUAUUUGCCAUGGAAACUCCAGUUACUUUGGAUGCAGAAGAUAUCAGAAAUGAAAAGGUCAAAGUUUUACGUUCAAUGAGGCCAUUAGAACUAGAAAACAUGGUCAUAGGGCAAUACAAGAGCCACACAAAAGGAGGUGUAACUUAUCCAGCCUACACUGAUGAUAAGACUGUACCCAAGGACAGCUUAACUCCAACAUUUGCAGCAGCUGCCCUCUUCAUCGAUAAUGCAAGAUGGGAUGGGGUGCCUUUUCUAAUGAAGGCUGGGAAAGCAUUACAUAAUAAGAAGGCUGAGAUAAGAGUGCAGUUUAGGCAUGUGCCUGGCAAUUUAUAUAACCGAAACAUUGGGACAGAUCUUGAUCGAGCUACAAAUGAACUUGUUAUCCGAGUGCAGCCUGACGAAGCUAUUUAUUUGAAGAUCAAUAACAAGGUCCCUGGUUUGGGGAUGAAAUUGGACCGAAGUAACCUGAAUCUUCAUUAUGCAGCAAGAUAUUCAAAGGAAAUUCCAGAUGCUUAUGAGAGGCUUCUGCUGGAUGCUAUCGAAGGGGAAAGAAGGUUGUUUAUCCGGAGUGAUGAAUUGGAUGCUGCUUGGUCACUCUUCACACCUGUGUUAAAAGAGCUUGAAGAGAAGAGGAUUAUCCCAGAGUAUUAUCCUUAUGGGAGUCGGGGUCCUGUUGGAGCCCACUAUCUCGCAGCAAGAUACAAAGUCCGAUGGGGUGAUGUUAGUGUAGAACAAUGACUGGGAAUGGUCGUCGUUAUUAGUCAUAUUAGGGAGCAUAAAGCUUCUUGGUUCGGAGAAAGCUUUGUUUAUUAAGUCCGGGGGAGACUAGGAAAGUGAAGUUAGUGACAAGCAAAUAUAAUCAUGCUCUCCUUUUUCAUGGUUGCUUUUCUUCCAAAACACAGUUAGGAGUUUAGGAUUUCAUCAACAUGGGAAUUGCCAUGAAUGUAUUUUCCACAUUAAAUGUCAUGUCGUAUAAAGUUAUGGGCACUCAUUGAAGUUACUUGGUCAAUAACAAGAAGAGAGAAAAUAAUUUAGUGUGGAUCAAACUA